AUGGCCGUUACCAUCCUGUCUGUUUUCAAGGCUGGGGGCAUAUGUGCUCCCAUUGAUCCUGCACACCCUCGUGGCCGGAUCCUCGAAAUCGUUGAUACAGUGCAGAUUAAGGUAGCAGUAGCAUCCAAACAGAGCGCUGGGGUGCUCAGGCGGCUUUUCAAUUCCAUCAUCGAAGUCGAGAACCCUCAACCAUCAUCUGAUAAGACAGGAUUGCCCGAGCGCAUCAGGAAGAGAGUGCAACCAGCAAACAUCGCUUAUCUGCUAUUCACAUCUGGAAGUACCGGGAAACUAAAAGGAGUGUUGAUAUCACACUCCGCCUUCUCCACCUCGAUCGUACACCAUGGUCCGGCUUUCGGUGCGAGUCCUGAAUGGAGGACCCUUCAGGUUGCCGCGCACACGUUCGACAUUUCCAUGACGGAAUUUUGUACAACUCUCGCAUUUGGAGGCCGUAUCUGUGUUCCAUUCGAAGCUCACAGAACGAAUAAACUCGCAGCAGCAAUCACGGCACUGAAUGUGAACGUUGCGCUGGUGGUGCCCACGGUUGCCAAUCUCAUUCCCCCAGAGCAAGCCCCGACACUGAAGACCCUUGUACUGGGAAGAGAACCAGUCACUAAGGAGACAAUCUCAAGAUGGGCCAACCCCUUAAAUCUCACUGCUGGUUAUGGACCGUCUGAGACGGCUGUAUACUGCUCUGGAAAUCUAAACGCCUCGGUGGACGCUCAUCCCGCAGACAUCGGUAGAUUAAUUGAAGGGACAAUGUGGAUUGUCAAUGCCAACAACCAUCAUAGACUCGUUGCUAUCGGGUGCACUUCUUGGGAGUGGAUAUUUCAAUAA